ACAAUGCCUUGCGGUGUCCCAGUUCCAAUGCGAGGUAUUUACCAGCAGGAGUAAAGAACCGAGUGCGGGCUGAUUUUUCCGCAGCUUGUUGGUGAGACCGCAGAAAGACCAGCGCGCAGUGAGGUCGGACACAAAGUUUCGCAUCCAGGACCAGCGCGCCAUUCGUCUCCGGCUCUUUCAUUCUGCUACUCUAUCGCGGCGGACAAACGAUACUUUGUCGCGUUUUACCGGGACCGGUGGUGAAGAAGGACACUUUUUUUUACGGGGUUCACGCCUUUCUACCUGUGUUUUCUGACUAAACAACCCCCCUGGGACAAGGAGCCCUGCGGUGAACCUGAUUUAAAGCUUUAAAGUGUUCCCCCCCCCCCCAGUGAAGGAGCCAGAAGGACUUCUGCUGCCGCUGGAGCCUUCGUAAUGACGGGGCAAACGCAGAACAACCGUCCCCGUUGCUUCUGACUCAACAUGGAGCUCAAGGUCUGGGUGGACGGCGUCCAGAGGGUCGUAUGCGGGGUCACCGAGGCAACCACCUGCCAAGAAGUGGUGAUUGCUCUGGCACAGGCAAUAGGUCGCACUGGGCGGUACACUCUGAUGGAAAAAUGGCGGGACUCUGAGCGUCACCUAGCCCCUCACGAGAGCCCUGUGGCUUCCCUCAACACGUGGGGCCAGUAUGCCGGGGAUGUCCAGCUGAUCCUGCGGCGAACGGGUCCCUCCUUGACUGAACGACCUCCCUCAGAAGGACCCCCUCUCCGGGGGCCUGAACGCGGUCCGCACCGGCAGAGCCUACCGCCCCUCGCGAAGCUUCGACACCCCAACGAUCGCUCCCUCCUCCGCCGCCGCGAACCGCGUCGUAAGUCUUUGACCUUCACCGGUGCGCCCAGAGGCCUCCGGGAGAUAUUGAACGGGGGCCGGAUCGCCGAGGCGAAACAAAGGCUCCUCGUGGGAGAUGGCGGCACUCACCACCACGCCAGACCAGCCAUCGGGGCGGCGUCACCUGACCUGUGGGCCUGUCGCAUGGAAGAUCUGGUCCGGCUGGUCGGUCUACAAAGGGAGACUCUCAAUGUGCUGGAGAAAAAGCUGGAGGCCUAUGAGGCUGAGCUCCAGGCCUGCGCCGACGGGGCAGGGGAGCGAGGUAGAGGGUGCAUUGCCGACCGGGGUGGAGGAGGGCUGAUGGAGGAGAUCCUGAGGUUGGAAAAGCAUCUGAGGAAGAACGACGUUGAGAUGGAGGAAGGGGAGUUUUGGGCCACUGAGCUGCAGAUUGAGCUGGAGAGUGAGCGGCAGCUGGAGGAACGACUGCAUGAGCUAGUAGGACAACUGCAGGGCUGUGAAGUGGAGAUUGAAGAAAAGCUUUCAAUGGUACAGAGCGUAGAGGCCGGCCUGGAAGAGGAGCAGCUGCAGAGGCAGCGGCAGGAGACCCAGUGGGUGAGCGAGGCUGAGGCUCGGUCUCAGAUGCUCCGUGCCAAAACGGAACUGAAAGCCCAGGAGAGGCAGGCCGUCCAGUUAGAGAGUAGCUGCAGAGCGGUUGAUCGCUCGCUUGGACAAAGCACCAAGAAUCUACAGGAUAUGCAGCACGGGCUUGAACAGCUGACCAAGGAGCUGAGGCAGGUUAACCUGCAGCAGUUCAUUAAGCAGACCGGCACCAAGGUCACAGUGCUGCCAGCCGAACCCAGUGAGGAUGAAAGUACUCACCGCACUCAUGUUAUAGAUUUAGUUCCCCUCUCUGGCUCCCUGAAGCGUCCGGUGUCGUCGCACGCCAAGUCCAGUCACCUCCGGAUCCUCCACAGCCCUCUCACCUCCGGCCUGAAUCCAGAGGGCAUCUAUGUGUGAGAUGUCUCUGCCACGAGGCAACGCGUCGCGUCUCCUUUCCGCCAUUUGGAACACGCUUGCAAGUGGAUGUCUCUGUACGGGAUUCCUCGGUGACACGCUACUAUGCGCUGCUGUCUCAGUUACCUGAAGGCGACCAUGAGUGUGACGACUGAAGAACCGAAGGUACAAUGUGAAUCGUGAAAAAUGGAAUUUCUGGAGCACUUGGUGUGAAUGCAAAAGUGGUGGGAAGGAGCAACGGAGACGUAUCAGGAUUUUGUAAACAUCAGGCCACCGUGAACUUUAUAAACAAAUCCACAUGAUCUACUUCAGUAACUGAUGAAUGAUUUGUAUUGAUUUCUCACUAGCAUUAUGAUUCAGAACUAUCGCCUUUUGAAUAGUAUUCUUGAGAAUCUUUGUAUGUGAAUUUAUUAAAUAUAUCUCGUACGUUAUUUCUAUAGUGAACAUGUUUUACCCAGCAUAACAUCUUGUUCUUAUGAAAGCAAUAAAGGAUCCACAUGCGGUUGCUCUCAGUUCAUGUUCACGUCAACUAUGCACAAAAGGUCAAUCGUUUUGUUGUUAAGUGUGUGUGCGUGUGUGUGCACCAAAAUGAUUGCUGACUGUAUAUGUUUUCUUAGUUUUGAGCUUCUUUUUUUUUGGUGAAUUAUUAUAUUUUAUUAGAAAGCUGUGCAUUUACAGUUACAAAAAUGCAGUGGCCUGAUUCUUGCUAAUAUACCUUCGUAAUGAAACCGUGUAAAUUACCCUCUUAAGCAGAUUUUUGUUGUUCAGAUUGCUAAACAGUAUAUUUUUGCCAAAUGUGUUAAGCUUGUUUAUUUCUGUAAGGCUGGAUGGCCAAAGGUUAGCAGGUCUUGUUGCAUGACUGUGUUGUUAAUAGAGCCAUAUCUGGAAGUGCAGACCCACACUACAGUAAAUCAUAUGGGGGGAUCUGGUGGCAUGUAAUAAAACAGAUAUCUACGGUGUGUGUGAUUUAAAUAGGUGUGUGUGUAUGCAACGUCUGAAUAGACGCAGAAUGAAUUCCCUCUUAGGUCUUAGUUCAGCUGCUAAUCACUUCAAAGUGCCUUAUAUUCCUUUCAGAGUUGGUGAAUGUGAAUAAUGUGCAGGGAAGCUUUAGUAGACACAUGGAAGCAAUGAUCGUAGUCAGUUUGGAGCAGCUGCUCGAUGUAUUAGUGCCACAUCGAAGCCCACAGAGAUACGGCACAGCAUCAGAGAGGAAAGUAUCUUAGGUUUCAUCUGUCUGUAUUUUGUAGAAAUAUGAAUGUAACCAACAAUAUUGAAAGUUCUUUCCACUCUGCUACUGUGCGAUUCUCACCAUAAUACUAUAUGCUGUAAAAUCUAUUCACAUUUGAUCUGAUUGAUUUCAUCUACAACACAUGUUGUGUGCUUUAUUCAGCACCUUCACACCAGAAUAACAUUUUUGAUGUGAUACAGAAGAGGAGUCCACACUGCAACAUUCAGUAUCUACACUAAAAUAAAAUACAUUUCCACUGCAGUUUGUAGCGUUGCUUUUUGGUUAAAUGAAGUCAAAUCUAAUCCAUCAUAGUCUAUAUAAGUGAGCAGAUGUUUCCCUUUAAGAAACCACUUGUGUGCUUUUUCCACCUGGGGAUGAUGCAUUGCUGUGGUCACUGUUUACAACCGUGUAUGUUCUAAGAUGUCGAUUGUACAUAACCUGUUUUAUUUGUCCAUGCCUUAAUAUACUGCAAUGUGUUGACAGGCGUGUGGCUGUAACUGGCUGCCGAUGUGAAUGAUAUUAAUUGCAUGAUUCAAUAAAGCAUCUGACCAAAUGAAA